GCUGUGGCCACUGUGAAUAUAAACUCCAAGCGGAGAAGAAGAAGAGGACAAAGGCGAAUGAAUGGCUAGGCGGAGCUAGCUGAGCCAGGCUAAAGGAACAUUCUAGAAAAGGAAAGGCGCAGGACACAGCUGCUCUUUGAAAAUGGUGAAGAUCUUUGUGGGCAAUCUGCCCCGAGAGGCGACAGAGGAGGAGAUCAAGGCUCUUUUUGAGGAGUAUGGCGCCGUCACCGAGUGUGCCAUCAUCAAAAACUUUGCCUUCGUCCACAUGGAGGACCGCAAAGCGGCCACCAAGGCCAUCAAGAAUCUGCACCAGCACAGCCUCCACGGCACAGCCAUCAACGUGGAGGCCAGCCACGGGAAGAACUUCGGUCCGGUCAAGAUCCACGUGGCGAACGUGGAAAAGGGAUGCGACGAGGAGCUACGGGCUCUCUUUGAAGAGUACGGUACAGUCUCAGAGUGUGCAGUUGUGAAGAAUUUUGCUUUUGUGCACAUGCCCAACUAUGACGAGGCCAUGGAUGCAAUCAAGGAGCUGGAUAACUCCGACUUUCAGGAAAAACGCAUCCAUGUUCAGGUGUCCAAGAGCCGACCCAAAUUUGAGGAGUAUGAAGAAUACCCUCCUCCUCCUCCCCCUCCUCAUCUCCCAGACAGGGGCGGUUACUGGCCCCCUCGAUACCCAGGAGACAGACCUGAGCCUCCUCCACCCAGCUACAUGAGGGGUCGUUAUAUGCCACCAGGUUACCCUGCCCCUCCUCUACCGCCGCCUCCCCCAAGACGACCCGUUUAUCCUGACCGUCCCUACGACGCCGAUAGAUACAGUAUGAUUGACUACUACGAAAAGUACAGAGCCCGUCCGUACGGCAUGUAUGAGGAUCAACGUUCUGGCAUCCCACCUCCUCCUCCGCCUCCCCCUCCACCCCCAGCUGUCGUCCGCGACCGUGUAAUGAGCUCGUCGCUUGACCCAUAUGAGCGUCGGCCCCUGCCUCCGCCUCCACCUCCUCCGUCUUCAUACUACGCUCGAGACCGCAGCCCCAUCAGGAGGGGGCCCGGCGCUCCCAUGCCCCCUGCCAGUAAUGGCUAUUCCUACGACCGCUCGGCUUAUGGAGUUCCACGUGCACGGGACCCGUACACAGACCGCCUGCCUCCACCGCCGCCGCCGCCUGCACGCUAUGCUUAUUAGGCGAGACAUCGACCUCUGAAGGGUUUUUGUCCCGCUGCGUCGCCACAUGCGCCAUCAUGAUGUUUGUGAAUCUAUCUUCUUCCUGUCUGCGGCGGAGCGCGUUACGUUUCUAUGCGACACUCGCAAGAGGAAACGAUUUGUCGACGUUUGGUCUUUAUUUUGAUAAUACUUUUACAAUACUUUUUUUUCCUCCUGUUUUAGUGAACCUGUACUAAAGUAUUUUGAUUGACGUCUGAAUGAGGCGUAUUUUUUUAUUCGUUAAUUCAGUCAACUUAAUGUUUUGAACAAUCUCACGAUUGAUCGAGUUUCUGUAAGUUAAACCUUUGUGGCGUAGCUGUAAAACUUUUAGUCUGGGGAAAAAUCAACCCAACAAUGUAUUAACGAAGUAGGAAUCUGUCAGCUCAACGUUUUCAUUGUUGAAGCGGAUCUGUGGCGUAAAUGUGGUGAAGUCUGCGCUAAAACAUCACUGUAAGCAUUUUCCUCAAACGAUGUCUGUUAAUAUGGCAAAGUUCUGAAUCUGAAGCCACGCUGAUUAAAGAAGCUCUCCUCUUUGGUGUUGUGUGAGAUCCCCCGUCUUGUUCAUUAGGAGGCCGCCCCCCCCUUCUCCAAAACCAUUCAAAGCCAGUCAAACAGCAGAGCCCAGCAGCCCCUCUGAGCUCUGCUGAGAUUAGUUUUCCUUCUUCUGGGUGGAGAGAUGCCGUCAAAUGUCUGAUGGAAAUCUUACCAAUGAGAAGGUAAGUCAAGGGCAAGAGACUUAGUUCUGUGUUGUUUCAGUCUUCAUUUGUGUUUUUGACGAGUUCAUGUAAGAAUAUUGCAAAUAAAACUGCCAGAAAUGGUCAGUUUAUCUAAGAAAAGCCCUGGUCUAUACAGACGGGUGAUGAAAACUAUACCAAUAUAACAAUUCAAAAUGAGAUUGAAAAUCUUGGAAUAAAACAUUUUGCUUGCGACCGGAGGUAGCCUUAUUGGACUAAGGUAAAAACGACCAAGUGCUUAACUGUGGACAACGUGUGACGGCAGCAAAAACUGAUCAUUCCAGUCCAAUGUGUGGAAACACCUUUAGCAAAGUCAUGUGACCAUACGGUAUGCCCUAUGUUCCCUUUGGAUUCUUUGGAUGUGGAAAAACAAUGUUGGGCUGAACUUCAGGAAACUAAAAUGUGAAUGGAUUUGAUAUUGACAAAUGUUUUAGUCAUUGAGUUUAUAACACAGCUAGACGGAGCGGAUGCGAUGUCACCAGAGAAAAUGACUCCAGCUCCAACCAAAUCAAAUCGGGACGCUUUAUUUUUUUUAAUUAUUUAUUUUUUUAAAAACCAUAUGGACUUUGCCAUGUUGGAGCCCGACGUUGGUAAGCAGUGAUCGGACCAAGUCAGUCAGAGUUAUUGUUUCUAUGGCAACCACUCUUACUAAUUUAGGAGUGAGUUAGUUCGUUGUCCACACCUUUUCUGCUGAAAGUUGGCUCCACGAAAUCUGUCAAACAAUUUGAACGCUCAAUGUGAAACCAUAUACUCUUACUGAAGCCUCUGGUCAGUUUGACUUGCAAUAAUGAAAGAAUAUUAAAAAAACAAAUUGUGUUUGCGCAGAACUUGUUUAAAAAAAAAAAAAAAAGAAUCAGAUAAAGAACCCUUCUGACUAAUAGAAUGACUGACUGAGGAACAGCUAUUUAUUUUUAUAUGGGAUUUCCUUGGAACCAGCAGGUACUUCCUGUUUGGACUGCUCACAUAUGGAGUCAGUGGUAGUAUCGGGUAACAAGAUGCAGGCAGACUGGGACGGGACAUUUUCCUAAUGUAAAUGAUGGGGCCGGUGGCAGCUCUAGUCUGAACCAAAGAAAUGGGUCUUUUAUUUUGUCAGCUAACAUGACGGUAGCUUUAGUUAUGUUACGCUUUCUGCCACACACAAACCCACUAGAGUUUUAUUUAAACACAAAAUCCACUUCUGUAAAGCAUAAUUAAAAUGCAAGCCUUGCUCUCUUGGAUCAUGAAAAUGUUAAACAGAUGUGAAAAAGACAAACUGUAGUGUACAGACACUUUUGCAUCAACCAUCUGUAGUUAAAAAAAAAAAA